CCCAAGAAAAGUCUCCAGAAGAAACUCAGCUUACUCAAGAUAUUACCACAGAAAAAAAUCAUCUUACUCACGAAAUUGCUGCUACAGAAAAAUCUCGACUUGCUCAAGAAAUGCCUAUAGCCGAAACUCAUCUUCCUCAAGAAGUUAUGCCGGAAAAAAAUCAGCUUGUUCAGGAAAUUAUUCGGCAAGAGCAAAUUUUACCUGUUCAAAAUGCCGUUUCUGUUCAAAACAAUGAAAAUUUAACUGACGUUUUCGACUUGCCGAAACUGGAACAUAAAUUUGGUGGUAACAAUUAUUCAUCUGUCAAUAGUGAAGUUUCUCAAGAUCGAAACAAUUCUGUUCAAGAUAACGGGUCUAUUGGAUCACAGUUGGGGAAAAUAUCACUUGAUUUAGCAACUUUGUUUCUGAAUUCCGAUCACCUUGAGUCUUCAAGUGUGACUGACGCACCCUUACUUAAUGCAGCUAACUCCCCUUACAACACAACUGCAGAAUCACCAGUAAACGAAAUAGAUUCUCCUAAUGACGAUGAAGAUCUCCUACUCGAAGACACAACGACGGACGAGGUCCUCCUCGAUGAGCUGCCCUCCAGAAGGGGCGUGCUGCAGGUGCGCAUCACGGAGUUCCUGAACCCGUCCAACAAAGACGCCGAUGGCGACUGCUGCAUGAAGGACUCGGCGUCCUCCUCGUGUGGCGGCUACUGCAGGCUCUUCUUCAGGGUGUGUGCGACCCACAGCUCCCGGAACGUGUUACUAGCGCAGCCUGCCACACCGCCCCCGCAACAGCCGCCGAUCUUCCUUCCGACGACCCUGCCUCCCGAGGACCGCACCGACAGCAGCAGCCGAGGCCUCUUCUCCAUGCCGAGCCUAGAGGCUGUGCGCCAUAAGAUGAUGAGGAGCAGACGCGUCAUGGGUGCUGCUGAGGUGCUCCCUUCUGCUAAAAGGAAGGUGGAAGACAGAAAAGAUUUUGACCCCAACGUGCCUUGCACUCUUGGGCUCAUCGUCACCGAGGUCGUCGCCAACAGCUCCUUGAGAGCCAACGUCGAGGGAGCUCUCGACAUCACCUUCCCCUUUACAUCUGACUGGCCGGUGAGCUUCCGCGUGAUCAUCGAGGCGUGGCACGACGUCACGGGCUUCCUCUUCAACUCGACUCAGCCUCCCUUGUCCGCAGACCGGGCAGGAACGCUCGUGGCGCGUCAUGCGUCGCGGCUGUCGGUGGUGGCAGGGCAGGCGUGGCAGACGCAGCGACGCGUCAUGACGCACGCCGCCAGGUAG